AGGAAAGUCUGGCAACAGUUUCACCAGCUGUUUAAUUUUUUUCGAUUUUUAGCUCAAUUAUUUUUGAGAUUUGUGGUUUUUAUCCACUGUUUUUGUUAAAAACAUUCAUUGCAAAAUCUAGCAAAUAUGUCUAAAAUAUUAAAAGCUUCGACCGGCUUAACAGGCAUGGCUGUGGCCAUUAAUCCCCAUCAUACCUUAAGUGCUCUGUAUGGUAAAAUCUUAAGAGCCGUAGCUAAGAUGCCUCAAGAUGCUGCCUACCGCAAAUACACUGAACAAAUUGUACAACAACGAGCAAAAAUUGUCCAAACCAACAAGGACCUCAACGCUUUGGAAAAAGCCAUUGGAUGCGGUCAAGUUGAAGAAUUGAUUGUACAAGCUGAAAAUGAAUUGGUAUUGGCACGUAAAAUGUUGGGCUGGAAACCUUGGGAAAAAUUGGCACAACCUAUUCCCAACAAACAGUGGGAUUGGCCACCAGCUAAAAUUACUGAACCCAAAAUUUAAAUUAUAAAAAUGUUUAAAUAAAUUGUUUAGAAAUUA